AAAGCAGAGGCGAGACACACUUUUCACCACCUUCCCAAUCCAAACCACCACCAAAAUCAUCAUGAUCAUCAUGAUCAUCACCAUCAUGUUUCUUCUUCUCCGAUAGUGCAUCACAACGCAGAGAAAUACGGCGUGGAGGAGAUGAAAACCGAGGCGCAUCCCGCAAAAUUGGUGAGAAUGCACUCUGCUUCAGCGGCACAGCCGGUUGACUAUGCACUUAAGGAAACUAGCCCUUUCCUCGGAGGCGGGAGGGUGGUUGGCGGGCGGGUAAUUCGUGGAGACAAGACCGCGAGUACUUAUGAUCUCGUCGAGCGGAUGUAUUUCCUCUAUGUAAGGGUAGUCAAGGCUCGCGAUCUUCCUGCAAUGGAUGUCACUGGGAGUCUUGAUCCGUUUGUGGAAGUGAAGAUCGGAAACUAUAAGGGAAUCACCAAGCAUUUUGAGCACAGGCAGAACCCUGAAUGGAACCAGGUUUUCGCGUUCUCGAAAGAUCGAAUGCAGGCUUCUGUGCUUGAAGUUGUGAUCAAGGAUAAAGAUCUUGUUAAGGAUGAUUUUGUGGGGAUUGUGAGGUUUGACAUUAACGAAAUUCCUCUCAGAGUUCCACCGGAUAGUCCUUUAGCCCCUGAGUGGUACAGGCUUGAGGACAAGAAGGGGGAGAAGAUCAAAGGCGAGCUAAUGCUCGCGGUGUGGAUUGGAACACAAGCUGAUGAGGCCUUCUCCGACGCGUGGCACUCCGAUGCAGCCACCCCCGUCGACUCCACCGCCGCCAUCUCCGCUGUUAUCCGCUCAAAAGUCUACCACUCUCCCCGAUUAUGGUACGUCCGUGUCAAUGUAAUUGAAGCGCAGGAUUUAGUCCCAACGGAGAAAAACCGCUUCCCGGACGCUUAUGUCAAGGUCCAAAUAGGCCACCAAGUGUUGAAAACAAAACCAGUGCAAGCCCGAACACUUAAUGCCCUUUGGAAUGAAGAUCUUCUCUUCGUCGCCGCCGAGCCUUUCGAGGAUCAUUUAGUGCUCACCGUUGAAGAUCGGGUUGGACCGGGGAAAGAUGAGAUCAUAGGAAGAGUGAUAAUCCCAUUAAACAUUGUGGACAGAAGAGCUGAUGACCGGAUGAUCCACUCUCGGUGGUACAACUUGGAAAAGCCGGUGGUCUUCGACGUCGAUCAGCUGAAGAAGGAGAAAUUCUCGAGCAGAAUUCACCUCAGAGUUUGUCUCGAUGGAGGAUAUCAUGUCCUUGACGAGUCGACUCACUACAGCAGCGAUCUUCGUCCCACUGCUAAGCAGCUAUGGAAGCCGUCGAUCGGGGUUUUGGAACUCGGAAUUCUCAACGCCAUCGGGCUUCAUCCGAUGAAAACCCGCGACGGCAGAGGGACUUCCGACACCUACUGUGUGGCGAAGUACGGCCAGAAGUGGGUCAGAACAAGAACUCUGGUCGAUAACUUGUCUCCCAAGUAUAACGAGCAGUACACCUGGGAAGUCUUCGACCCCGCAACUGUUUUAACCGUCUGCGUGUUCGACAACAGCCAGAUUGGCGAAAAGGGUUCCGGCUCCAACAAAGAUCUGAAAAUCGGUAAGGUUCGGAUUCGAAUUUCGACGCUCGAAACGGGGAGAAUCUACACGCAUUCGUAUCCCCUGCUUGUUCUUCACCCAACUGGGGUGAAAAAGAUGGGAGAAUUGCAUUUGGCGAUAAGAUUUUCAUGCACGUCGUUUGCGAACAUGUUGUACACAUACUCAAAGCCUCUGCUUCCCAAGAUGCACUACGUCAGGCCUUUCAGCGUUAUGCAGCUCGACAUGCUCCGCCACCAGGCGGUUAACAUCGUCGCGGCGAGGCUCAGCCGGGCGGAGCCGCCGCUGAGAAAGGAGGUGGUGGAGUACAUGUCGGACGUGGAUUCCCAUCUCUGGAGCAUGAGGCGGAGCAAGGCGAACUUCUUUCGCCUCAUGACUGUCUUUUCAGGGCUUUUCGCGGUCGGAAAAUGGUUCGGUGACAUAUGCAUGUGGAGGAAUCCUUUUACCACGAUUCUCGUCCACAUUCUCUUCCUCAUGUUGGUUUGUUUCCCGGAGCUAAUUUUACCGACGGUUUUUCUCUAUAUGUUCCUAAUAGGAGUGUGGAAUUACCGGUACCGUCCCAGGUAUCCUCCCCACAUGAACACAAGGAUUUCUCAGGCGGAGGCGGUUCACCCCGACGAGAUGGAUGAGGAAUUCGAUACUUUUCCGACGAGUCGGAACCCGGACAUUGUCAGGAUGAGGUACGACCGGUUGAGAAGCGUCGCCGGGAGGAUUCAAACAGUGGUCGGCGACGUGGCAACGCAGGGGGAGAGGGUUCAGGCGCUGCUGAGCUGGAGAGAUCCGAGGGCUACUGCCAUGUUUAUUACGUUUUGCCUUGUUGCUGCUUUGGUGUUGUAUGUGACGCCGUUUCAGGUGGUGGCAGCCUUGAUGGGGUUCUAUGUUAUGAGGCAUCCGAGGUUCCGCCACCGCCUGCCGCCCGUUCCCGUCAACUUCUUCCGCCGUCUGCCCUCUAGGACUGAUAGUAUGUUGUAAAUGUUGGUGGGAUUCUGUUUUGUCGAUCUUGUUUGUAAGG